UAGAUAUACACGCUUGUUUUCCCGUUUCGAUUAUAUUCGAAUAUAUAUAUCUUUUACAUCAUAAUUGUCCUAAUUUGAUACCAUAUUAUAUUUUAAGUUCAGGACGUCUAACUUCAGCCCAUUUUCAUCACAAUUCUGAAAUGUAGCUCCAGUCAGUGAGGACAUUUUCAGUUCAAUGGAUUCCCAAAGCCUUGAAGAGGAGUUGGAUAGACUCCAUGCCCAAAACCAGGAGAUGAAACACAUAAUGCAGCAACUCCUGAGGGAAAACCUGGAGCGGAUGCAGUACACCGGCUCCAGGACCUGCUUCCCAGCAUGUUGUCAUCAUCAGCUGCUUCACCCACAUCUCCAACCUCAUCUUGUGCCUGUGAUGCUGCCAGACCACAAUCCCACAAUGCUCUGCGGCUCUCUCCAGCCGCUCAGAGCCGGUGUAGCGUCUGUUCAGCAUGAGCUGUUGCCCCCUAUCACCCCUGCAAACGCCCAGCAGCAGCAGUCCUGUGGCUCAUUCCCCUCCUUGCCUGCGCUUGCCCAGGGCCAGGCCCCGGUCCAGCUGUUGCUAGGUGACAGACGGCUCUCUGCAAUUCCGCAAGGAGGUGCUCCGCAUUCCCUAAGCAGGAAGAAUUUGACAGGCCUUGAUCACACUCACCCACUGAUGCCACUCCAUCACAACAGAGCCCCGAGUGGCGUUGCCAAUGGCAGCAUGGCACCUGCUCCACCUGUCAUCACCAAGGCAACAGGCAAAAGUCAUAACAACGAGCCGAAGAAGAUCAAGGCCAGGCGCUGUAUUAAAACUGUUCAAGAUGUUGACCUGAAAACCAGCAGUCAACAGGACAACAUUAACAGUGGCCAAAACCAUGACAAUGGUUGUCAACCCCAGCAGGAGCAGGAUAUGGGGUGUGUGCUGGAACCCCUAAACGUCUACCAGAUCCCUGAGAACCUCCGACUGGGGGCCCUGCGUGUUGCUGAGGAGAUCAGACUCACCAGUCUCCGCUGUAACAGUGUCCUCAGUGGCAAUGCCAGCGCUUCUGACCGUGCAGGCAGUUCUACGAGCAGCCUCAGCCCUGUGGACCUCAGGACCCCGUCCGCACUGCACGCUCUGCCCUUCCUCAACACCCCCACUCCACCCAUUGGCCAUGCUGUCCCCUCCCCCCCAGAGACAGCCAAACCCCAGGUAACCAAUCAGAGACGGUUCGUCAGUAGACUACCCCGCCUCAAGAAGACGGCUUCAGUUAGUGUGGCCACUGCUGUGACAGGUGAGCAGUGAAGUCAGUAAAGUUAGAUACAUAUCCCUAACCUUCCUACACACACACACACUCACUGACACACACUGUGUCUGAUAUAGAUUUAGUUGCAACACAGGAAUAGGAUCUACAAAUCAAACUUAAUAACACAUGAGUGUAGCCAAGGAGCACAUGCAGACCAUCUCAUACAGUCGUGAAAACAUUACUCAAACAUCAGUCCAUAGCAUAAUUUGCCAUAGCAGUGUAGAGAGACAAACAGAUUUGACCUUUGACCUCCCAGAGCAAAAGUCUGUGGAGUGUCUGGCAGGGAAGGAGGAAGUGAGGGAGUGUAAGGAGGUGAAGAAGAAGAGAGUGAUAGUGGAGAAGCAAACA